AUGAGCUAUUGGCAGAAAUCAGAACGGAUCGUUUAUUUCAGAAAAGGAAAAAAAAAAAAAAAAAAAAUCAGAAUCAGAAGGGAUCGUCUUCCUCAUUCGCUGCUUUUUUCUUCUUUCUUCUUCUCCGUGAUUCCGCCAUGGCUUCCGAUGAAAUUUCCUUAAACGCAGCACCCUAUUUCAUAGUUUACAAAGACAGUCGAAUCGACAGGCUCAUCGGCAACGAUAUUGAUCCUCCCGGUCUCGACCCCAACACCGGGGUCGAGUCAAAAGACGUCGACAUCUCGCCGGAAGUCGCCGUUCGAGUUUACAGACCCAAAUCCGCCGCCGGAAAACAAGAGAAGCUUCCUCUUCUCGUUUACUUCCACGGCGGUGGGUUCUGCAUCGAAACGGCAUUUUCCCCUUUCUACCACCAGCACAUCAACGCCUGGGUAGCCGAAGGUAACAUCGCCGCUGUCUCCGUCAAUUACCGACGAGCACCGGAGUACCAGCUACCGAUUCCUUUUGAAGAUUCAUGGGCCGCCAUGAAAUGGAUCGCGGCCCACUCGGAGGGAAAAGGGCCGGAUGAGUGGCUGAAUGAAAUCGCAGAUCUGAACCAGGUAUAUCUGGCCGGAGAUAGCGCUGGAGGGAAUAUUGCACACAGGAUGGCGCUGCGGGUGGCGACGGAGGGGCUGGACGGAGUGAAGAUCAAGGGAUUGCAAUUGAUUCACCCACAUUUUUGGGGGGGGAAAUUGAUCGGAGAAGAAAAGGAGUGGGAUCCAAAGGACUUAUUUGUAGUGGAGAAUCUCUGGUUUGUAGUUUCGAAGGAUAUUAAGACGCUGGAUCAUCCGAUUGUGAAUCCAGAGCAUGAUCCGGAUUUGGGGAAGCUUCCGGCGGAGAGAGUGGCGGUUUAUGUGGCGGAGAAGGAUAAUCUGAAGGUGAGGGGACGGCAUUACGCAGAAUGUUUGAAGAAAUCAGGAUGGGGCGGCACCGUCGAGGUGGUGGAGACCGACGGCGAAGGCCAUGUAUUCCAUUUGUUCAAUCCGACCUGCGAUAUGGCGGGGGAACUGAUCAAAUGUCUGGCGGCGUUCAUCAACAGCGGCCGCCAUGGUUAAUUGCUCUGACCUUCUUCGUCGUCGUCGGCCGGUUGAAUUUAGUGUUGUCUUUAAUGUCUUUUUCCCCCCCUCUUUUUUGGGGAUUGGUUUUUAGUAUGGGAGAAAUAAAAGGAUCGAAUUCCUUCUAUUUCUGAACUUUGUUUGGGGUUUUUUUUUUUUUUUUUUUACUUUGUUUUUAAGUGAUAGUUGUGCUGAAUUUUGGGUAAAUCAUCUUGUUCACACUUUUAUAAAUAAAAUUUUAUAUGGUGUGAUUGAA